CUGAGACUCUUUGCCUUACAGAGCCUUAGUGUUUUCCCCAGCUAAGAGGAUCGGAAAGAUUCAUCCUGUGGCUUUGCAUCAUGGAGGGUAGCAGUCAAUCCAGCAGUCAACAACUUCUGUGGAAAGAUGUUGAGGCUGGAAAAGUGAAGAAGGCGAAGUACCAAACCUACCAGCGAAUUGCUCUGAUUCUCGCUCUGGUCUUCCUGGUUUUGGCUCUCUGUGUUUUCAGCCUGAGAUAUCUGUGGGGCCCCAGCCUGGGGAAGGUGUAUGACCAUGAGUACAAAGCUGUGGUGGAUGGCGUGGAGACAGACAGUACAAUGGAGAUAGACCCAGUUCACCGCGUUGAAAUCUUCAAGAUGGGAAACGGGAGUGAGGAGAUUCUCGAGGUCCACGACUUCAAAAAUGGAAUCACUGGGAUCCGGUUUGCUGAACAUCAGAGGUGCUACAUCAGGGCCCAAACUAAGAAACUACCCGCAGUGGCAGAGGUGGAGACUGAAGACACGGAGUUGCUGCAGGUGGAUGAGACUGGGGCCAUGGAUAUGAAGGUGGACGACUCCCAAGUGUGGGUUCCUGCUGAGGAGCCCAUCGUUAACCCAGACUUCCUCCUUGACUCCAAGAUCUGGGAGAUUUGCCAGCAGCUGCCCAUCCACUGGAUCCAUCCUUCCCCCCUGAGCGAUGCUGAGGUUGUAAAUGUGGAUACACCCGAUGCCGAGGUCACAGGUCAGCGUUUUGCCCGCGACGUCCUGGACCACCUUCCCGUAAAUGACUAUAGAGAUGUUGGAAUCGAGCUGGAUAACCGUCUGGAUGAGCGCGGCUACUGCUGCCAGUACUGUCGCCGUGGUUACCGCUUCUGCCGCCGCUACUACGAGCCCCUGGGUGGCUUCAACCCCUGGCCAUACUACUACCAAGGAGGCCGGGUCAUCUGUCAAAUUGUCAUGCCGUGCAACUGGUGGAUCGCCCGCAUGCUCGGGAGGAUCUGAGGCGCUGAGCGUGCUGUCUGGUUUUGAAUCUGUUUACGUUGUAGGUGCAAAUUUUUCCUUUUGAUAAAUAUUCAAGACCACUCGUGACACCAAAGCAGUCUAUUGCAGGCAACCAUUAGGUAGCACUUCUAGUCAGUGUGAGUCAGUCUAAACAGUCUAAAUGGUGUUUGAAGCAUUUUGAUUCUUUCUUAAAAACCGUUGGUUGUUUACAGGUGUCUAGUUUUCUCUCCUUGUUAUUUGAUCCUGUUCAAUGAACGCAUUUAGUUUGGAAACUGAGCCACCCAAAAAAAAAAAAACCCACACACACAAUCUGUCCUUACUUUACCUAUUCUGUCAUGCAUUCAUUUUUACUUCAAGGUUUAAAAGACUUCUACUAAUAUUGCAGUGUAUGAAAAGCUACAGCGAAUACAAUGCAACAGCAAUUAACUAUGUACUGUAUGUAACCAUCUGUGUGGUGCUAUCACAUUAAAUAUGUAACAAGACAUACACUUUAUUAGGAAAAUCAUCUAGUGUAAUUUAAAGCAACAGCUCUGCCAUGUUCCAUUAUUGCAUUAUGAUGUUUUCGCAGUUUUUGUUGACAUCUGUUGUACUUUAUGGUUAUUAUUGCCGUCCUGUUUGGUAUUGUUGGUAUGCUGGACUGCGUGACAUUGAAAAGUGUUCUUAAUAUUCUCAUUAAAGUGGCAAAAUUGUUAUUAAAUCACCACGUACCUCCAAAUAGUGUAACCAACUGGGAGCUUGUGAGCCAUUAAUGCUUAGAGGUAAUUUUUCCAAUUUACAAAUUUGAUCUUUUUGUGCAGUUUUCCCAACACACUUACUAAAUUAAUAUAAUAAGCAUGAAUUGAAGCUAAACUUGUGUUUUCCCUUUUUCUUUGGCAAUAACAAUUAAAAAAAUGUUAACUGUUGUUUCGCCUUUCAGUUCUGGCUGGUGAUCAUCUUUGUAGAUCAACACAUUUCUCUUAAAGCCAAACAGGCUUCUUGCGAGAAGCACUUUAGUUAAUUUUUGGAAACUAGAACUACUCAAAAUGUGAAACGGUGUCUCAAUAUGUGGGAUGAUGGGAAAGUGAUACAUGUUAUGUGUAGCCCCACAUAAAGUGGGACACCUGAUAAGCCUAUUCCUGACUGAGGUAACACAGCUGAUUGAGAACGUGGCCUCCACAUGAAAGUACUGAACUGGGCGUAGUAACAAUCUCUGGGAAAAUGUUGUAUUGAGUUUCUGCUAAUGCAAACCGAACAUUUCCUCCUGCUGCAGCAUCGCAUUAAAGCGGAGAAACACGAGCCAUCUGGUAUCACGAUUUAGCUUAGCACUUACCAAUUUAUUAUUGACAAAUCGUCUUCAAAACAAGACAAUGGCUAUUUUCAGCAUUUUCCCCUACAGCGAAUCAGUUUGAAGCACUGCAGGGAGUGAGCUGCAGGAAACAUGCUGCAUACCUCCAACUUCUCAGCAAGGUAACCAACUUUCACUUAGUUGUUGGCAAACCCGUGCCAUUUGCAUGAUUAAGCUGCUCGCCCAAUGAUGGGAAAAGACCAAUUAUUGCCUGAUGUCUUUAAACAGCAGUUUGUCUUGUUGCCGGCCAAUUUCUGUGAACUGCAGUAUUAAAAUGCAUUGGCUAUUACUACCAACAACUACAGGUGUUAUCUUAAAUAUUGUAAUACUUAAAAUGUAAUGCAGUAUAUCACACCUAGUAGACUGGUCGUCUUUCCAAUGUCAACAAUAGAUGUACGAGCUUCAAAAAGCCAAAUGUAUGGCAGAGCUUUUGUAUAGGAUUGCGUUAGAUUGCACGGUUUUCGUGCUUAGUGAGUGUUUAUUUCUGACUUUUUUUUUUAUAGCCUUUUUCUUUUUCCUGCUUACAUACCUGCAGAUAAAAGUCCAUUCUGUGCCCUGUACUCCUUUGGGCCCAAAGGACAAAGCAUACAAGAGUAAAGCAAAAACAUCAAGAUAAACACAUCCAUACACCAAAUCACAAAAAAUGAAGAAAUACACAGUCGACAAGGAAAAUGCUACCUAAAAAGUUGCUACAUCAGAAGUGCUCUGCUCUGCUUGAUUUUAAUAAACAGCAACACUGUUGAAGAGAUCAAAUCAAGAGCUAUUGUGUUGCUAUUAUGCGAGCAACUUGUGCCACCGUACCAAAUAUAUCACAAGAUCUUCAUAAAAUAUGUACUUAAGCGCUGACGCAGUGGCACGAACCAACUUCAUAGAUCCAAACAUGGACCUACGCACAACAACAACUUCAGAGAAUUAGAUUAUGUGAUUAGAUUUAUUAGAUUAUGUGAAGACGAUAUUCACAGUUUAAAAAUAUUUAAGCAAAAAAAGAAAAAAGUGAAUUUUUCCAGCACGCUUAUACAGAAACAUGAGUAGAACCGGCACUGAAAGUUCAUGACUCGCUCUAAGUAUUUUAGUCACUCUUUUCUCUGUUAUUUGUAUCAUGUAAAACAAACAUUGUUUAAUUAAAGAUUCACAGACCUCA